AUGGCGAAGAAAGCGAAGUCCCGUACCAUCAUGGUACGCCUCAUAUCAAUGGCCAUGACGGGCUACUACCGGACUGUGAUGAGACCUCGUGCGCACCGGCCGCUGAGCAUGCUGAAAUACGAUCCUAUUGUGCGGAAACAAGUCCUCUUCCUCGAACAGAAACGCGGCAAGAAAUAA